AUGAUUGCUGACGACUCAACAGGAAUGGUUAUUUUGACAGGUAAUUCUCAUCCAAAUCUUGCCAAACGAGUUUGUGAGAUUCUUGGGAAUAACUUAGGAAGUUGUGUGGUUUAUAAUAAAACAAAUCGUGAAACAUCAGUUGAUAUAAAACAAUCUGUAAGAGGUAAACAUGUUUUUAUCAUUCAAAGUGCUAAUAAGGAUGUUAAUAAUAAUAUUAUGGAAUUAUUAAUUAUGAUAUAUGCGUGUAAAACUUCAUCUAGUAAAACAAUAACUGUUGUUAUGCCAUAUCUGCCAUACUCUCAACAAUGUAGAAUGUAUAGAAGAAGUGCUAUAACUAUGAAAUUAGUUGCUGAUAUGAUAUGUAAAUCAGGAGCUUCUCGUCUUGUUUCUUUAGAUUUAUAUAAAAAAGAAAUACAAGGAUUUUUUUCUAUACCUGUUGAUAAUCUUCGAUCUUCACCUUUUCUUUUACAAUAUAUUAAAGAGAAUAUUGCUGAUUAUAAAAAUGCUGUUAUUGUUGCUAAAUCUCCUGGUACAAUGCAUAAAGCAACUUCAUUUGCUGAUAGAUUACGUUUAAGUAUUGCUGUAAUUCAUGGAGAAGAAUCUCAACAAGAAAGUGAAGAAAUUUCUAAAGAAGAUGGUCGUCAAUCACCACCUUUAAGACCUUCAUCAUCUUCUGCUUCUCUUGCAGAUGCAAAAAAACAAAGUACAAGUUAUGAAUUAUAUCCAGCAGCGUUUGCUAAAGAACGUCCACCAAUGAAUAUUGUGGGUGAUGUUGGUGGAAGAAUAGCAAUUAUUGUUGAUGAUAUUAUUGAUGAAGCUCAAUCAUUCGUUGCUGCAGCAAGUGUUUUAAAGAAAAGAGGAGCUUACAAAGUUUAUGUUGUUGCUGUUCAUGGUAUUUUGUCGGGAGAUGCACCUACAUUAAUAGAAAAUUCAUGUAUAGAUCAGGUUAUUGUUACAAAUACUGUACCACAUGAUAUGCAAAAGAUGAGAUGCCACAAAAUAAAAACUGUUGAUGUAUCUAUUAUGUUAUGUGAAGCGAUCAGAAGAAUUUACCACAAAGAAUCACUAGGAUUUCUUUUUAGAGAUGUUACUUUAGAUGAUUAA